AAGGGCUUCAUGGGCACGCCAUCAUGUUGAAAGGUUUAAAGCUAAACUUUGUUGUUGCAUAAACUCGACAGAAUGGAUGUAAACGAGGAAUAUGGCAACAGUUACGGAAUAGAAGUUAUUCUCGGUGAGGGCGGGAAAACAGCCCCGUGUUGUUCUCAUGGUCCUACCUUGCUGUUUGAGAAGGUUUGUAAAGGAGGAGAAAAAAGUCGGAGGUUUUAUGCAUGUUCGGCCUGUCGAGAUAGAAAAGACUGCAACUUCUUUCAGUGGGAAGAUGAAAAGGUUUCAGAAGCCAGGCUGCUGGCCAGAGAAGCAGAGAGCCAGUCAACGAGGCCCCCUUUCCCCCAUAAGGAGUACUGCAGCAGAUUUCAAAAGUUUGUCUUGCUCCCUCUGGAUGAGAAGAAGUUCUGUCAGGACUGUCAGAUUCUGCUCCUGCCAGACGAGCACAGCCUUCACUCUGCUCACAUAUCCACUCCCAUUACUGCAGCACAGCUGAGGAGGCCCAGUGCACUGUUGCGUCCCCUGAACAACAAGAAGAGCAACGCACAGUACCUUUUCACGGACCGCAGUGCAAACUUUCUCUUGGAUACUUUAGCAGGUCUGGGAUACAGGAAAAUACUGUGUGUGGGCACACCCAGACUGCAGGAGCUGAUCAAGCUGCAAAAUCUGGAGCAAAAGCUUGAGCCAAUAAAGAGUCUCUUGCUGGACAUUGACUUUAGGUAUGCUCAGUUCUACAGUCAAGAUGAGUUCUGUCAUUACAACAUGUUUAACCAUCACUUCUUUGGUGGAGAGUCAUCCAGUGCAACCCUGAAGAACUUCCUCAGAGAGUCUGAUGGGGAGAAGGUGGCAAUGGUAGCCGACCCUCCGUUUGGUGGUCUGGUGAAGCCCCUGGCCAACAGUUUCUCUCUGCUAUCUCACACAUGGAAGAAGUUGCAGAGCUCUGACAGCAGUAAUGCUAACAUGCCCAUGAUCUGGGUCUUCCCUUAUUUCUUUGAGCCUCGGAUACUGGAGUGUUUCCCAUCAUUCAGCAUGUUGGAUUACCAGGUGGACUAUGACAACCAUCCUCUGUAUAAACAUGGAAAGAUGGGCAGAAAACAGUCUCCUGUCAGACUCUUCACUAAUCUUUCACCCAGAGACAUCAUCCUUCCCAAAGAGGAAGGUUACAGAUUUUGCCCUUUAUGUGAGAGAUAUGUCUCAUCCCUGAACAAACACUGUGCGAAAUGCAACCUCUGCCCAUCCAAGGACGGCCGAGAAUGGAAGCACUGCUCAACCUGUGUGAAAUGUGUGAAACCGUCCUGGGAGCACUGCCAGUCCUGUGGCCGUUGUGCCCUGCCAGACCACCCAUGUACCACCCGUGAAGGGAAGGAGGGCUGCUUUAACUGCGGAAGCCCAGAGCACAAACGUAAAGACUGCUCUGUCAAACACACACACAGGUUCAACAGACAUCGGACCAAAGCCAAAGUUGGAGGAAAAAAAGGAUCCCCCCAGUCCCUCCUCAGACUUAAAGCAAAGAGGAAGUCUGGUGCAGCUCGCAGAGCAAAGUUGUUGGCUGGAAAGUCUCUGUGACUUCAGUAGUCAGGCAGUACCUUCUCAGCUGUGCAAUCCAAAGCAAUAUUUUUUUCCUUUUCAGCAUGGUUUUUUUUGGCAGUGGUUUAAAGUGUUGUAACAGAAUAAAACUUGAAGGGAGA